UUUGUUUUAUUGUUCAUUUUGUGUUUGAUUUGUUUGUCGUUUGUUGGCUGAUGUGGACGACGUUGCUUGGAAUCUCUGAAAUGGAAACUGAACGGUAAACGGUUGAACGUCGUCCGGUCCGGCUUCAUUUUUAAAUUAAAUAAUAAACAUCUCCUACGUUAAUGAGCUAAUAUUGAUUUUUAAUUUCUAUGUGCUAAAUUACCAUACAAGUAUUUUUGUUAAAAGAGUAUCAGGUUACAAAUUUGGCACUGGUGUUCUCAUUUUUCUCUAAAAAAUUUAAAAACCUGCAACAACCACGAUGGAUAUUUUGUCUGUAAGAUAUACUAGAAAUUUGCUUUUGAGAGCCCUGUGUGUAGUGUACCUAUCAGCUUUUUUGUCUUUUUACUAUCAAAUUCCUGGUUUGUUUGGAGAAAAUGGUAUUCUUCCUGCAAGAUCCUUGUUGGAGAAUAGUAAACAUAAAACACUAUUUGCUAAAAUUCAUUAUCAACCAACACUUCUUUGGGUGGUGCCCUACUUGGGGUUAACCACCACUGCUGGUAUGGAACUUCUGGCUCUGUUGGGUGUUUUCCUUUCAUUUUCAGGAAUAAUAUCUCAGAAGUUCUGCAUUGUGCCAAUAUUCACAGCACUAUGGUCUCUGUACUUCUCUCUAUUUCAAGUAGGACAAGUAUUUACUUCUAACAACUAUGAUGAAUUUCUUCUUGAAGCUGGAUUUUUAGCCAUCUUUAUGUCACCUCUAUUUCCAAACCGUCGAAGGACUAAAACUUCUACAUUAGAUUCAAUCACAUUUUGGAUGUGCAGAUGGUUGUUGUUCAGAAUAUUGUUCAGUGCCGCAUUAGGAAAAUUAUUAAGUGGAUGUCCCAAAUGGUGGACAUUGACAGCCUUGGAUCACCAUUUUGAAACUAUGCCUCUACCAAACCCAUUUUCAUGGUAUGCCCAUCACUUACCAGCUUGGGUUUUGAGGCUAUCCACAGUUUACACUAAUGUGUGUGAAUUGAUUGUUCCUUUUACAUUUUUCUUACCUAUUAGGGCGGCCAGAAUUACUGCAUUCCUAUUGGAGGCUUUUCUUCAGCUUUGUAUCUUGGCAACAGGCAAUUAUGGGCAUGCCAAUAUGCUUGUACUCACUCUCUUGUUGACACUUUUGGAUGAUAACAUAUUUUAUAAAAGGAAAAGGAUAAGCUCAAAAAUGGAAAUUUUGGACAAGACUUUAAAUAUUGGUCUGUGGGCUGGUAUUGUUUUUGGAGUUGUUAAAUUGUAUGGACUAGUUUACAAGGGUGGUAUAUUGGAUGCACAUAUUACUUUUUCCAAAUCUCAGUUUAACAGUCUAGUAGAAAAUCACCUACACCAUGUUAUUGCACUAGCAAUAAUUUCAUUGGGUGUCACCGUUAUUGUGUCCCUGUGGCAGAUUCUAUUUAAUAAAAGUUACAAUGGAAAACGAGUUACGGGACUGAUCGGUGCCAUUUUUUAUACCGCCGUCGCAUUUUUCCUAUUGGUUUCGAGUUCGACAGCAUUAUUAUCAAUGCAUCCGAAAACAAACUCCACCGUAAACGCAGCUUUGCGAACAACAUUUAACAGGUUACAUAAAGCGCAUAUUGUAAACCAUUAUAAUUUAUUUCCCGUGAUGCCGGGGAGCGAGGGUAGACCGGAAAUUGUACUGGAAGGAGCCAAAAGCUUAGACGGACCUUGGAGCGAAUAUAAUUUCCUAUACAAACCGGGAAAUGUUAAUAAUUCCUUAACUUUUGUUGCUCCUUACUCUCCAAGAAUCGACUGGCAAUUGUACUGGGCAGCUCGCAGUUCAUAUGAUAAGCAACCUUGGCUACUAUCCCUAACUUAUCAUCUUCUUACGGGAAAUACACAAAUAUUGAAUCUCAUUGAUAGGCAAAAUUUGCCUUUUGCCAACCAACCUCCAAAGUAUAUUAGAGGCAUUUUGUAUAAAUAUAAGUUUACCACUUGGAGCCAGAGAUCUAAAUCUGCUUGGUGGAUACGAGAACGAGUUAGCGAAUAUUUCCCGGCAUUUUCCAAAGAUUCGCCAGCAUUAGAAGACUUUCUCAAAGCGAGAAACUUGCUGCCAACGAGGAAAUCAAUCUCUGCAACUUCCGUAAUGGACAAGGGACUGGAGGGUUUAAGAUCUGUUGUAAAUAGGGUAGAUGCUUCUAUGUUAUUUUGGUCUAUUCUUUUAGCGGCAUUUGCUAUUCUUACCAGUGGCUCUUUGUUUUGAUUUCACUUUGACUUUCAUAAAGUGAAUUUUUAAUCAGAAUUAACUUUCGGUUCGUUCAGGUAAAUGUGGAUUAACUUUUCUAUUAAAGGAUAAAACGUGAUCAAUUUGCCAAUAUUCUCCCAAAGGGAGCUAAUAUGUUUUUUUAGUAUUUUAAGUGCAAUCGCGUCUCGUGUAUAUGCAUAUAGUUUUUAGAAGUGGUGUGGUUAGAUAGUAGGUGAUAAAAUAUCGUAAAUAUUUUUCGCGAAAAUUGUCUUGAAAAAAGAACGUUAAAUUUUUCAUUGUUUUUCUCCAUAUUCUGUUAUACUCUUUUUAAACUAAUUGCAUUUUUUUUAAAUAUAUUUUUUUAAUUUCCCAUUUUUCACACUCUAAAUAACCAAAUUCAAACAUUUUUUUUUGCAAUCGCUGUUUAUUUGUACUAAUGUUUUUAUGGUUAAGUAAGCUUUUACUUCUUUAAUUCACAUAAUUCAUUAAUUUUAUUUAUUGUAAGCCUUUUUUAAAGUACUUAUGAGAAAAGUACCAGCAUUCAAUCAUCUUAAUAUAUAUUUAUUUAUAUGUCAUGUAUUCUUUGUAACUGAAUUGUUAUCGUAAUUUUUGGUAAUAGUAAAAAAUUUAGAUUAAUA